UGAAGAACAUAAGAAAAAAUUGUAUUGAUUUGCAAUCACUUGAUCACAUUAUUAUAAAAUCUCUAUUAAUUUAAGAAGACAACAUGAAAGUCAUAAAAGGAAAUUGGAACACCCUUUUGAGUAAUUAUGAGGUUCUAAAUAUCUUGCAAAAUACAAAGUGUUCUUAUACGAAGCAGAAGAUGAAUCAGCUUGCAACCAUCACUUAUCAGACGCUCAAGUAUCUAGAAUACAUGCCAUGCAAUAAGCAGAAUCCAAAAAAAAUUCAAGAGUUUCUGAGAGCCAUGGAAGCUAUCAAAUUGAGCAAGAGCGAGAAGCUCACUCUUCUCAAUCUUUAUCCUACUACACCUCUCGAGAUUCAAUUGAUGGUGGAAGAGAGCGAGGAACGACUAUCGGAGGAAGAGGUGGAAACUGUGCUUCAAAUCGUCGCGAAAGUGCAAGAAGAUGAGGAAGACACAGAACAAGAAACCUAAUCUUAGACCUUAAAAAAUAACUUGUUUAAAUAUAUUUUGUGUAUGUACAUUUUAUUUAUAUAAUAAACAUGACU